AUGACAGAUCAAAAGCAACAACAACUCGAGAUAAUGGUGAAAGAAAAUAUCAGGAGUUUACCCCAACACAUACCACUUGCCAAGACCUCUACCAUGGCAUGCAACCACCCCCCUCCUCCUCCGCUCCAAAGGAACCCCCUCCCUACUGUGCCUGAAACUCCAGAUAUCGAAGAGAGGCAACUCAAAAGGGAUGUUUCUGAGACAGAUGAUGAAGGAAAAUGUGAUUUUGCUGAUGUUCAUAUUGUUAAAGAGGAAAAGGCUGUUAAGGUUGUUGUUGUUGCUGAAGAAAAGCCUCCUGAAAUUAAAAAAAUGAACCCGAGGAAGCGCAAGGCAGUGACUUUGCGGAUCUAG